CAUAAAAGAGGAGCAGAACUGAACAUUUGUCACAGAGUUUAGUUAUUUAACCUUUUUAUUCUAAUUCACACAGAAUUGCUACGGAGUGACCAUGGCUGAGUACAAGCUGGAAGUGACGACAGGUAACAUGACAAAUGCAGGAACAUUUGACCAUGUAUACGCAACGUUAAUUGGAACUGGAGGGAAGAGUGAGCGAACUGAGUUGGACAACUACGGUGUAGAUUUUAAAGCUGGGAUGACGGGGACCUACACCAUGAAAAGCAGUAUGUCUCUGGGGAAACUUCUGCUGGUCAAUGUGGAGAAAGAUCCUUUUUUUUAUUUCUCAGAAGAUGAGUGGUUCUGCUCCAAAAUAGUGGUGACGACUCCAGAAGGAGAUGUCAUUCUUUUCCCCUGUCACAGAUGGAUCUCCAGGGGAGAACGGGUGGAGCUGAGAGGAGGGAGAGCCAUGAAGGGUUUUGAGGACGACCAUCCCCUGUUGAUUGACAACCGGAAAAAAGAACUGAUACUUAAAAAUAACUUGUACCAAUGGGAGAUUACUGAUCAAAAGCUACCACACCGCAGUCAUUUCAAACAUAUAACUGAGCUCCCAGCUGAAGUCUGCUUCUCUGUGUCCAAAAUUAUGGAACUGAUUUAUAAUAAAAAACUUAGUUCAGCUGAACUCAUGUUUAAGGGGCUGGUUGGAUCUACUGAAGAAUGGGAAAGCAUUGAGGCCAUCAAAAACAUCUUCUGGUUCAAAAAGACCACAAUGUCAGAGUAUGUUUCACAGCACUGGAAGGAAGAUGACUUUUAUGGAUCCCAGUUUCUGAAUGGAGUCAACCCUAAUGUGAUCAAGCGCUGCUCAGCGCUUCCCCCAAACUUUCCAGUCACCGAGGAGAUGGUGAAGCCGUUCCUGGAAAAGGGAAGCUCUCUGAGGAGGGAAAUGGAGAAAGGCAAUAUAUUCCUCUGUGACUUCAAGAGGAUGGAUGGAUUGCCCACUAAUGUACAUGAUGGUGAACCUCUUCACGUGACUGCUGGUCUCUGUUUGUUCUACAUGAACCCAGAGAAAAAACUGAUGCCAAUUGCAAUACAGUUGAACCAGCAACCUUCUGAGCAGAACCCCAUCUAUCUGCCCAGUGACUCGGAGACGGACUGGCUGCUAGCCAAGAUGUUUAUCAAAAAUGCAGAUAACAUGUAUCAUCAGUCAGUCGCUCACUUAAUGAACACUCACUGUUUGGCAGAAGUCUUUACUGUCGCCACUCUCCGCAGCUUCCCUGUCAUUCAUCCCCUCUAUAAGCUGCUGAUCUCUCAUUUCCGUGACACUCUCCAAAUAAAUACUAUGUCCCGUAUAUCUAUUUUUGGACCUGGAGGGAUGUUGAGUAAAAGUUCACUUGGACUCAAAGGGAUGACAGAGCUCAUGAGAAGGGCUCACAUUGAAACAACCUACAGCUCCCUCUGUCUGCCAGAGAACAUCACUGCACGAGGACUGGAGUCUAUCCCCAACUUCUACUACAGAGACGAUGGCCUGAAGCUGUGGAACAUCACCAACAGCUUUGUGAAGGCAGUAGUGGAGUACUAUUAUCCUUCAGACAGUGAGGUGCGUAAAGACACUGAGUUGCAGGAAUGGAUCAGUGAAAUAUUCACACAUGGCUUCUUAGGAAACAAAGCCUCAGGGAUUCCAGCAGGCUUUCAUACUGUGGAGGAGGUGAUCAAAUUCAUCACCAUGGUGAUCUUCACAGUGACGGCUCAACAUGCUGCAGUAAACAGUGGGCAGUUUGACUACUACUCCUGGGUGCCCAAUGCCUCUCUCCUGCUGCGCAAACCUCCUCCAACCACUAAGGGGCAGUCAAGCAUGAAGACAAUUUUGGAAACCCUCCCUGAUGUUGGAGAGACAGCAUCAUUUGUGACAAUGGUUUGGAUACUUUCAGACAAUUACACUGACCAGGUUCCCUUGGGCACAUACUCUGAAGACCGAUUCGAUGAGCCUGCCACUAAGCAGAUGAUUAAGGAAUUUCAAGCACAGUUGUCCUGCCUCAGUGAAGCAAUUUCAACAAGAAACUUGCAGCUUGAAGUACCCUACACAUACCUGAACCCUACUGAGAUAGAGAACAGUAUAGCUAUUUAACACUAGUAAGCCUGAUAAAGCCAUUUUAUCUGUCUGCAUUAGUCAAUAAUUCCAAUACAUUUUUAACACCUGUCUUGCAUGCUGGGUUGUGUGUUAAACUCUGGAUGACUAUAUUCUAGGCUGAUUCAUGUUAAGUGGGCCUAUGAUAGGGUAUCUGUAUCUUUUGUGUGAAUUAUGUAUUACAUAGACAUAUGUUGACAAAUAACUUAAAUGAGCAGUUUGGGUAGCAAAUGUUUAAUCUUGGACUCAUGAUAUGUCCAAAACAGCAAAUAUCUGCUGAUCACUGAUGAAAUAAUGUGAUGAAAUAUAAUUGUUUGGUACUCCUUAAAAUAUUACAGGAAAUCAUCUUGAUCUGAUAAAAUGAUCUCACAUGAAAUGUGGCAUCUCAGCAUUUAUAUGCCAGCAAGACCAAGAGUAUGGUAGCAUAUUUUCUGCCCGCUAGUACGGCGACUGUUAGAGGCUGUGAAAUUAACAGAAAUUUGUUAUACAUAUGAUGUGUAUUCAGUUUCCUUUUACUUUCUAAUUAUGUCAGUACAGAACAGUGUAUAUGGUGAUGUAUGACUGCUUAUGUUCUUGUGCAGGGG